AUGAUCAGAUCAAGACUAUCCUCAGUGCUAGUAAACUCUGCUAGAGUAUCGAGGUUCACUUCUCGAUCAACUUUGAUAAAUACAAUACUACCAAGAACUAAUAUCAAGACAAUAAAUCCAAUAAUAUUCAACGUUAGGCAAUUUCAAACCUCAAGAUUGUUGUUAAAAAAUGAUUCUAAAACCAAUAAUGAUAAUGAAACUUUUUAUGCGGGUAUUGAAGGUUACAAAAUUCAAAAAUCCUUAAAUUUAACAUCAGAAGAAUUUGCUAAAUUAAAGAAUAAGAUUAAUUUCUAUGAGAGUCCAGAUUAUGUUGUUCCAGAAUUAAUGGAUAAUAACAUAAAUCCAUUGAAAUAUAUAAGGCUAUUCUUAGAAGCUGGUGCUAAGGAAGAUUCGAUUUUAGCUAGAGAUUUAGCUAUUUUUGAUAAAAUGUUUCGUCCUGAUGUAAACGAAGAAUUACCACCGUUACCAUCUUUUUUCAAACUGUUUAAUCCAUUUCUACCAUUCACAAAAAGUAUUGAUGCUUCAGAUUUAAGAAAUAUGAAUAUCAGUGAAAUGGAAAAUGGAUCCAAAGGUAAAGAAGAACAAGCUGAAAAGAAGACUCAAACAAAAGAAGAAUCUAAAGAAGAAGACGCAUUUGAGAAAGAUACUAGAACUGAAGAAGAAAAGAAAAGGGAUGAGUUUUUUAAAAGAAUUGAAGAAAAAGCUGAAAAGGAAAAUAAGAGAUUUACCAAAGAUAGUUCAGAUCCAAAUGUUAGUAUCUAUGCUUUAAGAGUUCAACCUUUUGAGUUGAUUUUAUUCAUUGUUGCAUUGUUCUAUUUUGGUACUCUAUUCUUUUCAAGUGAUAAUUCUCAUGAAAUAACAUUCCAAGAAUUCCGUACAAAAUUUUUAGACAAGGGAUUAGUUGAAAAAUUAAUCAUUGUUAAUAAAAGUAUUGCUCGUGUUGUUUUAAAUGAUAAUGGACGUCAACAAACCGGUGGUAACUUAGAUUAUUAUUUCUUUACCAUUGGUUCAAUUGAUAAUUUUGAACAUAAAUUACAAAGAGCACAAAAUGAAAAUGGUGUUCAAGAAGAUUUCAAAGUUCCAAUUGUUUAUGUUCAAGAAGGUAGUUUCAUCAGAACUAUAUUCCAAUUCUUACCAACUGUAUUGAUGCUUGGUGGUCUAUAUUGGAUUACAAAGAGAUCUACCAGUGGAUCAGGUGGAUUCGGUGGAGCUGGUGGUAUUUUCAAUGUUGGUAAAAGUAAAGCUAAGAAAUUCAAUCAAGAAACUGAUGUUAAAGUUAAAUUUCAAGAUGUUGCAGGUAUGGCUGAAGCUAAAGAAGAAAUUAUGGAAUUUGUUGAAUUCUUGAAGAAUCCAAAAAAAUAUGAAAAAUUAGGUGGUCAAAUUCCUAGAGGUGCUAUACUUUCAGGUCCACCAGGUACUGGUAAAACUUUAUUAGCUAAGGCCACUGCUGGUGAAGCUGGUGUUCCGUUCUAUUCAGUUUCAGGUUCAGAAUUUGUUGAAAUGUUUGUAGGUGUUGGUGCAUCUCGUGUUCGUGAUUUAUUCAAAACUGCAAGAGAAAAUGCACCAGCUAUUGUUUUCGUUGAUGAAAUUGAUGCAAUUGGUAAAGCUCGUUCAAAAGGUAAUAUCAGUGGUGCUAAUGAUGAAAGAGAAACUACUUUAAAUCAAUUAUUAGUUGAAAUGGAUGGUUUCCAAACUGGUGAACAUGUUGUUGUUUUAGCAGGUACAAAUAGACCGGAUGUUUUAGAUCAAGCUUUAAUGAGACCUGGUAGAUUUGAUAGACAUGUCCAAAUUGAUAAACCUGAAUUAGAAGGCCGUAAAGAAAUCUACCAAGUUCACUUGAAGAAAAUUAAAUUAGCACUCAAUGAAAGUACAAAAUCUGAUGAAGCCAAAAAGCAAGACUUUGAAGAAUUAGCUGGUAAAUUAGCUGCUUUAACUCCUGGUUUCUCAGGUGCUGAUAUUGCAAAUGCUGUUAAUGAAGCUGCUUUGAUUGCCGCUAGAAAAAAUGAUGCUAACGUUGAUUUACAUCAUUUUGAACAAGCCAUUGAAAGAGUUAUUGCUGGUUUAGAAAAGAAAUCUAAAUUGUUAUCACCAAAGGAAAAGAAAGUUGUUGCAUAUCAUGAAGCCGGUCAUGCUAUUUGUGGUUGGUAUUUGGAAUAUGCUGAUCCAUUAUUGAAAGUCAGUAUUAUCCCAAGAGGCCAAGGUGCUUUAGGUUAUGCUCAAUAUUUACCUCCAGAUAUUUAUUUAUUAAGUGUUGAUCAAUUAUAUGAUCGUAUGACUAUGGCAUUAGGUGGUCGUAUUAGUGAAGAAUUACAUUUUCCAUCAGUUACAUCAGGUGCAAGUGAUGAUUUCAAAAAAGUUAGUGCAAUUGCCACCAACAUGGUUACUAAAUUAGGUAUGUCUGAUAAGAUUGGUACAAUUGCUUACGAACGUAAAAGUGACAACGAUUUGACUAAACCAUUCAGUGAAGAGACUGGUACUUUAGUUGAUGAAGAAAUCCAAAGAAUUAUCAACGAAUGUGCUGAUAGAUGUCGUUCAUUAUUGAGUGCUAAAUCUGAAGAACUAGAAAAAGUUGCACAAUUGUUAUUGAAGAAGGAAGUUUUGACCAGAAAUGAUAUGAUUGAAUUAUUAGGACCAAGACCUUUCAAAGAAAAAAACGAUGCAUUUGAGAAAUAUUUAGAUCCUAAAAACCCAAAACCACAAGCUAAUACUGAUGCUUAA